AUGGCACGUCAAGUUCUUGUUCUUGCUCUUAUCUUUGUUGCCAUAGCUGGGGCUUUCGCAGCUAAUAGUUCUGCACCUGCAGCCACCCCAUCAUCCUCUCCUUCAGGGAAGAACUCUAGCUCUGCAGCUCCUUCUGAGGCUCCUGCAGCAUCUGCUAAAUCUCCCAAUGCUUCAGCUUCUGCACCUACUGCUAAUGCUACAGCCCCUACCAACGCUAAAGCUCCUUCCACCGCGAAAGUCCCCACCAACGCUAAAGCCCCUUCCACAGCUAAAGCCCCCACCACCGCUGGAGCACCCAAGUCCUCUGCUAAAGCCCCCACUACCGCGGCUGCUCCCAAGUCUUCCGCUGCUGGCCCCAAAGCCUCUUCUGGCCCUUCUCCUUCCUCUUCUGAUGAGGGUUCCGCCCCUGAGGGUGCAGCUCCUGAGGGUGAUGCCUCCUCUCCUCCUGCACCUUCCAGCGAGGGCUCCCCAGCUGCUGCCGGUGGCCCAGCUGCAUCUGAUGUUCCCAGCAGUGAUACCCCUGCUGAGGCUCCAGCCGGCAGUGACGCUGCCACCCUGAAGGUCUCGGCUAUUGCUGGUGUUGCCACAGCUGCUGGAUUCUUCUUCUUGUCCUUCUAA